GUCCGCGAGUCUGUCAAUCAAUGAGCUCAGGUGAAAGGAAGUCAGAGCUUCAUUCAUUGCGGAAAAUAAAUCGGUUUUUAUAGGAAAGGGAUGACACAAUGUACGCGAUUACAACGAUCCUGAUCGCUUUGGUGCUCAGUUUCUGUUCUGCCGAUGGGAAAUCUGUCUUGGGAGUGUUUCAGAGCCAUACAGCGUGGGAAAAUAACGGGCAAUACAUCACAAGGUUUCUCUACCAUGGGGAAAGUGGACUGCUGUCUUACCGUCUGGAGAACGUGGCCUUGGCAGUGCACAAAGAGGCCAAACUUCUGCUGUUUCAGGGCAUCGAGAGCUUUGAAAAUCUGAGCUGUCUGGACAGAGUGUCAAAAGCCCAGUUUAAAAUACCCCUGAGCACAGAAGAACACAAUCAGACUAUACCACAACAGGCCAGACCCCAGACCUGGCAUGUGAUGUAUGCAGAUCGUUACACCUGCCAGGAAGAGGAGCUUGACGGUGUGCUGGAGGAUGUAGGAUUUCAGCUCAUCAUGCUAAACCCAGACUCAGCAGGGAACCCAACGGACCACUUCAGUGCUGAGGAGGCUGGUUUGCACAGCUUUUUCUUCAUGCUGAUUCUGGCCUAUUUUGUGGCCUCCUGUAUCUACAUGCAGCCUCUGUGGCAGGCUUUGUACAAGGGAGGUCCCAUGCACACAGUCCUGAAGGUCCUGUCCACAGCUCUGUUCCUGCAAGCUCUGUCUGUGCUCUUGAACUACAUUCACAUGGCCAGGUAUGCUAGAGAUGGAGUGGGAACACCUCUAAUGGGCAAUCUUGCAGAAUUCUGUGACAUGGUGGCUCAAGUUCAGAUGAUGUACAUGCUGCUGAGUCUGUGUAUGGGCUGGACGCUGAGCCGAGGCAGGAAAUCCCAGAGUAAGCCACUACAGUGGGACUCCUCUCCCGCAUCCACUGCUCUUGCUCUCGGAGGAGUUAUCACACAGGGAGCGCUGCUGAUCUGGGAGCAGUUUGAGGACAUGGAGCAUCACAGUUAUCAUGGUUAUAACGGUUUACCUGGGUUACUGCUGAUGAUACUGCGUGUCUCUCUCACACUGAUAUUUGCGUCAGUAUUGUACCAGAUUAUCUCUGCAGAGCGGAGCACGCUCAAAAGGGACUUCUAUCUCAACUUUGCCAAGGGUUGUUUCCUGUGGUUUCUGUGUCACCCAGUCCUGGUUCUCCUGUCCAUCUUAUUCAGUGAGCAUCAAAAAGAAAAGGUCAUCACUAUUGGUGUGAUUCUGUGCCAGUCCAUCUCAGUGGUUAUCCUGUAUAGGCUAUUCCUCUCUCGUAGUCUUUACUGGGAAGUGUCAUCCCUGUCUUCUGUGACACUCCCCCUUACCAUGUCCAGAAGUCAGCGGGGACGAUUUUGAAGAGCAGUGCUGACGCUACACUAUUGACACCUGCUUAUAAGGAGCACGGGGCACUCCAUGCCGCAAUGGUGGCGUGUAGAGGCAAAAUUACGUGCAUUACCAUAUGCACAUGGUACUUUGAACAUAUGCAUAAUAUUAUAUGCAGCGUUGCAGGAUGGAUAUAAGGAACAACUGUGGAGCCCAUCUGAAAAAUAAGCUCCUGUAUGAUGUAUUCAGAUGGACAUGCAAGACUGAGUUUUUCGUUGCAGACACACGCAUUUUUCAUUAUUUAAAUUUUUUUUUGAAGGAAAUAGAUGAUUGCUAUUUGCAAAGGUCAUUUUCUUUAUAUUUGCACAACUUUAUCGAUCUCAUUUAGAUUUAUUUUUCAGUGGUGUACCUACGAAAGGUUCCCAACAGAUGACCAUUUUAAAUGAAAUAUCAGCAGCUCUGUUACAAGAUAUAUUUUACUGCAGGGGUUUGGUUUCACUUGUUGCAGUAAAAUAGUCUCAAAAUAAUUCACAAAAUAAUAAAAAAAUACAAUAAAAAUAUUCAAGUUAUAACA